AUGCAGGCAUUGCUUCAUCUUGGCCCAACACUCGUAACUCUCGAAGCACAACUCAAAAAUAGUAAUAGUAACAACAACAACAACACUCAUAAUCACACAAACGAUGGUAAUCUGUCAAACGGUAAACAGAUGACUUUAUCGAAGAUGAAGAGUAUUGAAGACUAUUCUGAAUGUUCUGACGAAAGCAUUGGAUCUGAGUCAGAGAAUGGUGGGUCACCAGUACCCGAUUUGGCUAUGCAAACGUCGAUGAGCACCAAUCGAAAUGGAAAACCGAAAUCAGCAAUCUCACAAAUCCACGAAUGUGCGUUACAAAUGCGAAUGAAUGUUGAAUUCGAGGUUGGUUUCAUUUUUUGA